AUGCCCUUUUUUAAUAAAUGUUUUCAAAAUGUCUUUGCAAAGGAUUCCGAACCCGCCAAACCCAAGGUUCGGUUUUUACUUCCAGGGGAGUCAUCAGGCUCACCAAUCUUAGAACCCAGCUCAGUCUAUAGGGACUCCAGGUAUCUAAGAAAAGCUGGAACUGAAACUUAUGGCGAGAUUUUUCAGAAUAAGCUGGAUUACACAGAGCCAUCAACCGGAAUACCAUUAAUUAGAAGGCGCGCUUUAGAAGCUGAGAAUGCAAAGCAACCACCAAAGAACAGCCCUCCGCAUUUCUCUCCACCAAAGUCGAUCUUUGUACGCAUUGCGGAGGAUCCACGUGUUUUUCCCGAUGAUUUUAUGGAUAUGCUGGAUGGCACAGAAGUAUCAGUUGCGUCAGAAUCAGUUGUUUUGCAAAAUGCAGAGUCAAGUUUGAUCUAUGAUAAACUUAGAGGUCCAGUAAAUAUUGGAAUUGAUUUUUCCUCCGAGAGUCGCCAGACAAGGAGGGAGGAUAUAAUUACGGAAUCUGACACAGUAACAAUCCUGAGGAGUGCUUCCCAAGUAGAGGAGGCAUCCAAUAACAGCUUCACCUCGCCCUAUGACAGUCCAAGCCAACUUCAAUUUCAUGUUGCUAAUGAAACCACAGAUGGAAACGCGGAUGUACCAUGUACAUCUGCCUUAUCAGAAUUUGAGUCUAGCUCGGUGUAUGAUGAUGAAAUCAUUCCGAGAGAGGCUCCAUAUCAUGUUGCUAUUAAAACCACAGAUGGAAACGCGGAUGUACCAUGUACAUCUGCCUUAUCAGAAUUUGAGUCUAGCUCGGUGUAUGAUGAUGAAAUCAUUCCGAGAGAGGCUCCAUAUCAUGUUGCUAUUAAAACCACAGAUGGAAACGCGGAUGUACCAUGUACAUCUGCCUUAUCAGAAUUUGAGUCUAGCUCGGUGUAUGAUGAUGAAAUCAUUCCGAGAGAGGCUCCAUAUCAUGUUGCUAUUAAAACCACAGAUGGAAACGCGGAUGUACCAUGUACAUCUGCCUUAUCAGAAUUUGAGUCUAGCUCGGUGUAUGAUGAUGAAAUCAUUCCGAGAGAGGCUCCAUAUCAUGUUGCUAUUAAAACCACAGAUGGAAACGCGGAUGUACCAUGUACAUCUGCCUUAUCAGAAUUUGAGUCUAGCUCGGUGUAUGAUGAUGAAAUCAUUCCGAGAGAGGCUCCAUAUCAUGUUGCUAUUAAAACCACAGAUGGAAACGCGGAUGUACCAUGUACAUCUGCCUUAUCAGAAUUUGAGUCUAGCUCGGUGUAUGAUGAUGAAAUCAUUCCGAGAGAGGCUCCAUAUCAUGUUGCUAUUAAAACCACAGAUGGAAACGCGGAUGUACCAUGUACAUCUGCCUUAUCAGAAUUUGAGUCUAGCUCGGUGUAUGAUGAUGAAAUCAUUCCGAGAGAGGCUCCAUAUCAUGUUGCUAUUAAAACCACAGAUGGAAACGCGGAUGUACCAUGUACAUCUGCCUUAUCAGAAUUUGAGUCUAGCUCGGUGUAUGAUGAUGAAAUCAUUCCGAGAGAGGCUCCAUAUCAUGUUGCUAUUAAAACCACAGAUGGAAACGCGGAUGUACCAUGUACAUCUGCCUUAUCAGAAUUUGAGUCUAGCUCGGUGUAUGAUGAUGAAAUCAUUCCGAGAGAGGCUCCAUAUCAUGUUGCUAUUAAAACCACAGAUGGAAACGCGGAUGUACCAUGUACAUCUGCCUUAUCAGAAUUUGAGUCUAGCUCGGUGUAUGAUGAUGAAAUCAUUCCGAGAGAGGCUCCAUAUCAUGUUGCUAUUGAAACCACAGAUGGAAACACGGAUGUACCGUAUACAUCUUUUAUACCAGAAUUAGAGUCUAGCUCGCCCUAUGACGUUCCAAGCGCAUUUCCAUUUCAUGUUGCUAUUGAAACCAUAGAUGGAAACGCGGAUAUACCGUAUACAUCUGUCUUACUGGUAUCAGCCCCCUUGUCAGAUGCUGUGAGCUCAGUUGAAAGAACCAAUUGGAAUAACCAAAACUCAGAGGACUGCGAUUUUGUUUCUGUGGAUAUUAGGAUUCCAGAGGAAAACGAUUCCUGUAUGAAUCAAUUAAAGGAACCUAAAAAGAGUAGGAUACCACUGUUCAAAUUGUUUGCACGGCUCAAGAAGAGCAGAAAGACUCUGUUUAAACCGUUUUCAUGGUUCAAGAAGAGCAAAACGACUCUGUUCAAACCGUUUGCAUGGCUAAAGAAACGGGCAGAAAAGAAGGAGUUAAUAGAAAAAGUUGUUUUGGCUGAAACUGCUGACUCACACAUUUAUUCUGAACUUGGCAGAUCCUGCGACAAAAUGGCGCCUUUGUCGUAUGAUCUUGUACGGGGGACGAAAAAUGUGGAGGAUGCAUAUGCACUAGGGGUAUCAACAAGGCACAGCGGGAUCAUAUAA